CCCUCCCAAAAUUGUGUUUGCAUUUCUCUCCGUUUCUUUGAACUUAUUUCCUCGUCAAUAUUAUAGAUCGGAACAUGAGUUUAUUUCGUGAAGGGUACACUCUUUCCUCCGCUGUUUUUUUCCCUGUUGGACUAUUAGACGGCGGGGAGGAGCAGAGCGACCAUUUCGAGCUCGUGGUCCAGAGAAAAGCUCUGAGGGAUCUUACAGUGAGCAAGUCAGCCAUUAUUUGACUUUGUGCCGAGGGGGAGAAGAUAGGCGCCACGGAAACUAGUUGAUUUAAUACGCUAAGUUUCGAGACAACCCCUACGUCUUAUCUUGAGUUCCAAUCCCUAGAUUUCAACCGAAUUCCAAGACCGUGCCCUUCAGAGUACCAAUGGGUGGUUUUUAAGACCGAUUGGAUUUUGAGACAGACGUGGCGGAGAGGAUUUCACGGAGCUCCAACUUGACAAGUUCAUACAACACCAUUAUUCGGUUCCAUUCCAAGCGUGUCCAUCUCUGACAGAUCCAGUUUCCAGAUGGGAGGAAACCAUCGCGGGGAAAUAGAGCACCCAUUUUGAACGGACCCAACCGAAGUGAAUGUGUUGUCUUUGGAGUGGUUAUGCAACGUGAAUGUCGACAAGAGUGCGGCUGUGAUGGUGCCGGACCUCAUAAUCAAGUGUUAUUCAAUUGUCAAGGAAACAUGGCGUCCCUGGAACAGGACCUAAAGAAGCAGAUCUUGGGACGACCCAAAGCCGAAAAGGUGUUUCGACCGUGGUGGGAUACUCUCGAAGACUAUCUUUUGAACUCUUUGGUUCUCUUAGGAUUUCUGACCUUGCCUACGGCUUACGUCACAGGUAAUCCCGUUGAAUGUGUCCUCCAUCCCAAUCUGUGGAACAAGACAUCCCUGUGGAGUAAUCCGCUCGGGGUGGGACACUUGUACCAAGAUGAAUAUGAGGAGGAGAGCAUGGGAUAUCCCGUGGGAACGGUCCGAAUCACUCAUUGGUAUGUCAAGCGCUACUGCACCGAAAAGUUCGUGUCUAAAUUCGUGUUUUACUUCCCAUAUAUCCUGCUGAUUGUUCCAUUAACCCUUGUUCUUGUGGAUCGGAUUUUCAUCAAGACUUUUGCCGCUGGGAACAAGAUCAAGCAAUUCUACGAACUUCUUGUCGAAGACUCACUACGUCGAGAGGACGUCGACUCAUUAUCCCGGGAGAACAUGAAGAACCUUCACGAGAUCAUGCAGAGCUUCAGAUUCUCGAACGUCUGCUAUUGGAGCUACCUUUCGCGAACCUUCUUGGAAAUUAUUCUUUCCAUUGCGUUGUUCCUCAUUUACUUUUGUUGGGGGAUGCCCAACUUGGAACGGGAAAUUGAAUGCGACGUUCAUGGCUUGAGACACAGCUGCGUGUUGCCCAAUCACCAAUUCUACUUCUACAUUCUGGCGGUGAGCUCCAUUCUUCUGUGCGUGUACAUUCUCUGCAAUCUCUACAACCUGGUGUGGAUCAUUUGUCCCCAACUUGGCACGAUGUAUCGUAUCAUUCGCAAGUAUCAGAUCCACGUGGUGGCAGCAGACUCACAAAAUGGGAACAAUCUCUCGGACGUCAAGCGAAAGAGCGUCCGAUCUCCGCCCAGGAUCUCGCCUGACAAUUUCUUGAAUGUCUACUUCGAUCGACGACACAAGGAUCUGAAGUUGCUUUUGAACUUAUUGGCAGAAACCAGCGGCUUACCGGAAUCGUUUCGAAUUCUCACCCUGUUCGAUAAGAAGUUCCAGUCCUUGUGGAAACCGCAGAAUCUCAGAUUCGAGGAGUACGAGACAGUGGUUCCGAAUCAGAAGAUCAAAUCCCAUUCAAUCAUAGUUCGCUGGAAUGACGCCCCCAUCAGCCACUUCCUAGCCAACUAUCAGUCGUCCCUUUCGUUCGAAUACACCAUCGACAUUCACCCGGCGCCCGCAAAUGAACUGGGUCUCAAAUCCGUGCUCUACAAAAAGGGACCGCCUGGAACGAGAAGUCAGGCCAAAAUCAGUCAAACCUGUCUGAGCAAGAGUCCCUCUCAACACCUUCACUACAUGACCGCGUCUCACGCCUCCGUGUCUCACGCCUCCGAGCAUCCGAACAACGUGGAGUCCUUCAACUUGUUGGAAACUGGAAUGGACCCUGCCACUGGCCCAGCCAGAAUUGUCACCGGCCUCUCAGGGUCCUCGAGCUUCAACGAGGCGGUCAAAUCGUUUCGCUAUGAAGUAACAUUCGACAAUAUUGUCAGCGAUGAGACUGAGUACACGGUCACAAUAUCGACCGAGCUCAAUGGACGCACUGUCACACAGAUGGUGGAAAAGUUUCCAAUGGGAUCCCCCGUUCCAACACAUAGACCCGACGUUAUGGCAAACACAUCAGGAUCGGACAUCAUUACAGACUCGAUCCCCACGACAACUUUGAGUUCACAAAUGGAGACAUCCCAAGUGGAUAAAACGCACUCUGCCACUCACUAGCGACGCCAAAAGCCAGUCUUCUCGAAUGUUUGACGAACACCAACUACCAAACCAGGGUUGGGUUCCCCUCACUUCCUCAGUUCAAAUCGGGGGUGCCAACCAAAGAACACGUGGUCGAUGAAAUAGCAAUUUCCAUGUUUCAACUUUUGAUUUCAAAUUUAAUGAAGGGUAACGCAAAGAUUUAAAAUAUCCGCUUGACAUACCAUGGUUCUAAAACUUCAUCCUCAUCAUCCUCAUCAUCCGUCUCCCCUCUAACGAAAUAAUUGUAUCACGGAUGUUUCAAAGCUUGUGUGGCAUUUAAAAGAUCAAAUCAAAUACACUUAUUUCAGUACUGUAGACUUACGUAAAUUUUGAUUAUCCAAGGACACCACUUUAAGCCAAUACGAAAGGUGAGAACAUACAACCAUAGAAUAUGGGCGACAACUCCAAAGAUAUUUUCCUUAGUGUUAUUUUGCCAGACAAGUCACAUUGUGAGGCUAUUCCCAAGUGACAAAAGUAGCCAUCGAAGAAAUGGAAAAAAAUCAAGAAAAUGAAAAUGGCACCAACCAAAGUUAUCAAAACCAUCUUAUGCAAUCACCUCAACAAUUUAUCAAAAAUGUGAAACCAAGGAACUUCGUUAGAAAGGUUUGGCAAUUUGGCUGAACAAACAUGUCAACUGUGUUAAAGCUAGCAAUAAAAAAAUCAUCAACA